GGGCAGAAACCCUAGACAUUUGCUUCCGUCUUCUCUCGUUCAAGAGCCUAAAAGACGCCGCUCGUCUCUUCAGACAGUUCCACCUUCUAGGAUUUGUUCAAGAGAGAAGGGUUGAGAAAUGAGUCGUGGAAGUGCAGCCGUUGCCAAGGGAAAGAAGAAGGGAGUUGCCUUCACCAUUGAUUGCUCCAAGCCUGUCGAUGACAAGAUCAUGGAGAUUGCUUCCCUCGAGAAGUUCCUUCAGGAGAGGAUCAAAGUCGGUGGUAAAGCCGGUGCCCUCGGUGAUUCCGUCACAAUCACCCGUGACAAGAACAAGAUCACCGUCACUGCUGAUGGCCAAUUCUCCAAGAGGUAUCUGAAGUACUUGACAAAGAAGUACCUGAAGAAGCACAAUGUGAGGGAUUGGCUCAGAGUGAUUGCAGCGAACAAGGACCGUAACCUCUAUGAGUUGAGGUACUUCAACAUCGCUGAGAACGAGGGAGAGGAAGAAGACUAGAAAAACCCUUUAAACCGGUUUUGCUUAGGACGAUACUUCCUAUUCCCUGUUUCUGUUGUUUUGGUUUCUGCUCUCUGUUCGAAUACAAUUUAUUAUCUUCGCCCUUCCGUUGUUUUUGACAGAUCUUAUUUAGUUUGGUUGAAGUUAACUCUUCUUCUUGGUUUCAGACAAUUGUUUAAGGAAAAUAUAUUUUGGUAAAAAUCGUAUGAUUCUAGAAUGUGUUAAUGAAA